CUUCCGGUUGAGUUGUUUGGUCCAAUGGAUUCACCAGCAGCGGCGACGUUGGCGGCGUCCAUCGUGGCGCAAGGCGAGAAAGUGCGUGAUCUCAAGACGCAGAAGGCUUCCAAGGAACUGGUGGUUGAAGCGGUGAAUGGCUUGUUGGCGUUCAAGGCGCAGUUCAAGGCACUGACCGGCGCGGACUACGUGGACCCGAACGCGAAGCCUAAGGAAAAGCCUAGCGAAAAGGCCAAGGCGAAGGUGGUGGAUGCCCCUCCUGCGGACCCGACCAAGAAGAGCAAGAAGGAACUGAACAAGGAGAAGAAGAAGGAGAAGAAAGCGACGAUCAAGGUCGGGGGCGACGUCGCCGCUCUUCCGUCGACCCCCGUAGCGAAGAAGGAAGGCAAGAAACCUGCGUCGCUGACGAUCGACGUUGCAAAGGCGCCAAUCUUCGUCCAAGCGCCGCCUGCGGCCACGGACAAACCGACCGUGUACUACACGGCCAGUCAUCUCCCUCGCACGGCGUUUGCCGUCGCCGCGUUGUUGAAAGACGCGGGUUUGGACGUCACAUUCGUGAACUUUACGAUCCCCCAUGCAUUGCCAGUGUUGGUGCUUCCCACCGGCAAGGUGAUCAACGGAGACAUUGCGAUCGCCAAGUACUUUUGCCGCCUCACGCCGGACGCGGGGCUCUAUGGCCUUUCUUCGGAACCCAUCUUGAUGGGUGAAAUCGACGGCUGGGUCGGGUACGCGCAGAGCCAUGUGCAUGCGGCGACACUUCCCGCAUCAUUUCUGGACGCGAUCCUAGCGGAACGGACGUUCCUCGUCGGGUUUGGCUUGACAUUGGCGGACGUGGCGGUGUUUUCCGCGCUCUCGGCCGUGCAAUUUCAAGCCGACGCCACCGGGGCAUACCCUCAUUUGUCACGGUGGUUCCAGUAUUUACACCCGAUUUUGUCGCCCGAUUCUUCGUUGGCGACGACGCUACCCGCCCCAGUGUUGGCCAUCCUCUCCCCGCGCAAAAAGCCCGUACCCACGGAAAAGUCGACAUUUGUCAGCCAAAAGGGCAAAACCAGCGGCAGCUGUCCGCCCCUGGAAGGCGCGAUCGUGGGCCAAGUGGUCACGCGGUUCCCGCCCGAACCCAGUGGAUUCCUCCAUAUUGGCCACAUCAAAGCGUGCAUGCUGAAUGACUAUUAUGCACGCCAAUAUCAAGGCAAACUCAUCGUUCGAUUCGAUGACACGAACCCAUCCAAGGAAAAGGACGAGUUUGAGCAAGCGAUUCUUCAAGACUUGGCUCGGUUGAACAUCAAACCAGAUGUGGUGACAUACACAUCAGACAGUUUUCCGAUUAUCAUCGAGUACGCGCGGCAGUUGAUCAAGGCGGGGCUGGGGUACAUGGACAACACGGCGCAAGAGACGAUGCGCGAGGAACGGAUGGUCGGCAUCGAGUCUGUGCACCGGAAUGCGUCGGUGUCGACCAACUUGGCUCUGUUUGACAAGCUUUUGGUGGCGGACCCCGCGGCCGCCGGCUACUGCCUCCGCGGUAAAAUCGACAUGCAAGCCAAGAACAAGACGCUUCGAGACCCCGUGUUUUUCCGCGCCAAUGUGAAAGAUGCGCACCACCGGACGGGUACAAAGUACAAGGCGUACCCCACGUACGACUUUGCGUGUCCGAUCGUGGACUCGACGGAAGGCGUGACCCACGCCCUGCGCACGACAGAGUACAACGACCGAGAUGCCCAGUACCAGUGGGUACUCCAGGCGCUCCAGCUGCGCCCUGUCCGCAUCCACGCAUUUGCACGCAUGAACUUUGUCCAUUCUGUACUGAGCAAGCGCAAACUGCAGUGGUUUGUCGACCACGGCCACGUGGCAGGAUGGAACGACCCGCGGUUCCCAACCGUGCAAGGCGUGCUCCGCCGUGGGGUGACGGUGGAAGGCUUGCGGGAGUUUAUCAUCAGCCAGGGCGCAUCGCGGCGCAUCACGGACAUGGAGUGGGACAAAUUUUGGACCAUCAACAAGAAGGUCAUCGACCCCAUCGCGCCGCGGUUCUUUGCGCUGGACGCCACUCGCGCCGUACGUGUGACGGUGCACGGGCUUCCGUUCACGGGGGUGCAGGGCUUCCCCACAGCCCUGCACCCAAAAAACCCAAACUUGGGCGUCAACAUGAAGCGAUUGGGUGCCGACUUGCUCGUCGAACGAGAUGAUGCCGAUGCAUUCAACGUUGGGGAAGACGUGACGUUGAUGCGAUUCGGCAACAUUACGAUCACUGCAAUCCACAAGUCGAAAGACGGCGAGAUUUUGUCUGUGGACGCGCAAAACCACCCCGAAGGCGACUUUAAAACGACAAAGCUCAAGAUUACGUGGUUGGCGCAUGUGGAUGACGUGGUGCCGGCAACGCUGGUCGAGUUUGAUCAUUUGAUCAGCAAGCCUAAAUUGGAAGAAAGUGAUAACUUCCAGGACCAUUUGACCCCCGUGACCCGCGCCGAGAUGCGCGCGAUCGGCGACCACGGCCUCCGCAACCUCAAGACGGGCGAUGUGAUUCAGCUCGAACGCCGCGGGUACUUCCGUGUGGAUCAGCCGUUUCUGUCCAAGGACCGCCCGCUCGUGCUGUUUAUGAUCCCUGACGGCAAACAGCGCGCCAUGUCGACGCUGUCCACCAACCUCGCCCAUCGUUAAGUAGACAUAUACUAACUAUAUGGAACUUAACAUGGUUGAACGUGGUUUGGCGUUUUCAUAUGUA